AUGCGCGAUGGGACUAGCGAUGCAUCGAGCACUCGCUCGUCGCGAAAACGUCGUGCCACCGGGUCGGAUAUCGCCAAUACGAAGAGAAAGGCUUCAAGUGACGAAGACGACAAGCACACUCUCUUCACAAAAUGGAGCCAAGACCGGGGUGUCCAGAUUCACAACGUCAAACCCGCCUCGCUUUCAGGACGAGGGAUAGGCCUUGUGACUACUGGCAAGAUCAAGAAGAAUGAGCGACUUCUUUUCGUGCCUGAAAAGGCCAUGUUCAAGCCCGAGAGCGAAGCGACAGCAUCGAAAGGAACAACGGUACCCAUGUCUCCUCAAGCACAACUCACUCUCUCAAUAAUGAACGAGUGCUCCAAUCCAGCUUCGCAGUAUCAAUUAUGGCGGUCAACAUGGCCCACGCCUUCCGACUUUAAAGCCAGCAUGCCUCUCUUCUGGCGCAGAGAACUGCAGGCCCAUCUCCCACCAAGCGUGCAGCAACCGCUCGACAGACAGAAAGCAGACUACCAGAAAGACAAAACAGCGCUUCAACAAGCGCUAUCCUCUCCGGACUUCGACUACUUCUGGGCCAUCGUCAACUGUCCGUAAACUCCGCAUACCCAUGCUCGUCGGUCUCCGAGAUCCGCUGACUUUCUUUGUGGAGGAACAGCCCGUAGUUUCCACUUCAAGCCCGCGGGCAGUAGGCCUGGUCACAUGGUCCUGUGCCCUUUCGUCGAUUACAUGAAUCAUGGGGCGAGUGGACAGGAUACUGUGAAUGUGAGACAGACGCCCAAGGGGUAUGAGGUUACUGCGGAUCGUGACUAUGGUGAGUUGCAACGGUCCUGCCUUUUGCCCGCUCUCGCCAACAUUCUUUUCUUUCCAUUCCGUCUCCUGAUUUGGUGUCCUGUCGCUGCGUCUUUCCUUGUUUCUACGCUCCUAGCACGGAAUCCGCGAUCGAAUGGCGUGGGCAUGAAACCACACAUCGGCAAAACAGCUAGACACGUCAAGCUAAUGCAUACCAUAGAAGCUGGCGAAGAGAUCCUAGCGACAUACGGUCCUCACUCCAACGACAAACUUUUGGUCCACUACGGUUUUAUCAUCGAUACCAGACCAGGCGAGCCCUCCGAUGACGAUAUCCGUCUGGACCACAUCCUUCUCCCAGAGAUGUCACCAGAGACUAAAAGAGCAUUACAGGUACCCCACCCUUCCCCACACCCAUAGCUUCUUCGUGUUGUCUGACCAUGUCGGCUUUUGCACCCUAGGAUGUCGGCUUCCUCGGCAACUACGCGCUCGUACCCGCCACCAACGAACUCUGCUUCAAAACCCAAGUCGCCGUGCGUGCGAUUCUCAACACGGCCAAUGAGUGGGAAUACUACAUCGCGAACGGCGAGGAUCUCGCUGCGGACCAGACGAAAAGGGUUGAGGAAUGGGUUCGACCGAAGCUGUUGGCACUGAAAGCUUUCGCCAGGGAAAAGAUUGUCGAGGUCGAGGCACUGUUUGUGGGAGAGGAUGAGGCGGAGGCCGUGAGGUUGUUGAAGGGAAGGUGGUGGCAGGUGGUGCAUGCUGUUGAUGCAUACAUGGGAAGGUCAUGA